AUGAAGAGACCCGUUUCGCUUCUUUUUGCAUUCUUACAACUUGCGUUUAUUGGCUUUACAUUAGCACAAGCAGACCCCAAGAAAGACAAGCUUAUAUCACUUUCAGAAGACAACAAUGGUGUCAUUAACUUGAAUUCCAACAGUUAUGAUCGUUUUACAGAGGGAAAACGAGACUAUGGCAUGGUCGUAUUGUUGACAGCAUUGGAUGAUCAGUUCAACUGUGUUCCCUGUCGUGAAUUUGACCCCGAGUAUUCUUUAGUUGCAAAGAGCUUUCAAAAAAAUAAAAAGAGCAAGGAUCUCUUUUUUGGACAUUUGGAUUUCAAAGACGGACAAGCUGUUUAUCAAAGACUCAAGCUCAUGUCAGCACCUAAUGUAUUCUAUUUCCCUCCUCAAAAGGCUGGUGAACGUAAAGAUUUCGUCAAAUACGAUUUAGCCAGAAGUGGAUUUUCCGCAGAAAGCUUCGCAGAAUUUUUGAGCAGAGAAAGUGGUCAUAAGGUUAUCGUUGCUCGCCCUGUAAACUACUUUAAGCUUGGUGCCAAACUGUUCCUGGUUGUUGGUGCCGCUGCUAUCCUCAAACUAUUGUAUCGCCAUCUCGGUUUCGUGUUCUAUCACAAGAACACUUGGGCUGUUAUUUCCAUUUUGUUCAUCUUGACUUUCACCUCAGGCUACAUGUGGAACCGUAUCCGCACUCCUCCAUUUGUUAUGCCAGGCAAAAAUGGUGAUAUCAACUAUAUUGCUUCUGGAUUUUCAUCGCAACUUGGCGUCGAACCUCAAAUUGUGGCUAGUAUCUAUGGCCUUCUUGCUUUCUCACUAGUUGCUUUGAUUAAAUCAGUACCUCAAUUUGACGAUCAAACUCGUCAACGUUUCGGUGUCUAUAUUUGGAUGGGUUGCAUUAUCUUUAUCUUCAGUGCAUUACUAGCACUUUUCAAGAUCAAGAAUGGUGGAUAUCCUUUCAAGCUUCUCAUUUAA